AUGUUUAAAACUGAAUAUAUUGUUAUGGACUUCACUGAAUUGCCCACAGAAAUCCAUUCUUUAAUAUUCAAACAAUUAUACCCAUCAGAUUUCCUAAACAUUAUUGAAAAUAUUUUGGAAUGGAGACAUUUAAUAACCUCGGAUAACUUCAAAAUAGUUACUAAUGAUGUCCCAAAACUUCAAUUGAAAUAUGGUCUUGCUGAUGAUUAUUACUUGGAUUAUAAUUGUAAUUUUGAUGAAGAAAAAGCUUAUGAUCUUGACUAUGAUUAUGAAAAAGAUAUUGAAGAUUAUGAAAAAAAUGAAAAAAAUAAUACAGUUUUAAAUGAAAACUUAUUAUUGGGUUUCAAAGGUGCAAUUUUAAUUGAAAUAUAUGUUACUUGGACAUGUAUGUUAAAAAAGUUUGAUGAAAAUUUAUUAUUACAUGAUCCUAUUGAACUCAUUUGGCAUGGAUCAGGUGUUAAUUCAAGUGUUUUCACACAUAUGUUCGAAAAAUCAGGUGAUAGAUUAAAGAAAAUCCAUGUACUUGUUGGAACUCAAAAUGAAUCUUUUGGUAAAUUAUGUAAAAGAGGUGAGAAAACUAAAGAAAUUGAAGAUGCUAAAAAAUCAGAGGAUGCUAAAGAUACGGAAACACAGGGAACUGGUUGUAAUAUUCAAAAUGAUGAUGAUAAUAAUGAUGAUACUGAUGAGCAUGACGAUGAUGAUGAAGAAGAUGAUGAUGAUGAUGAAAAGGAUGGAAGCUCUAUAUCAGAAUUUCCAAUAAAAUUACCUUCCACGAUGUUACAUAUUCCCGGUGUGAAAUCACUUAAUUUAAAUAAACUUGAAGGGUAUUCAAUCCCAUAUAUUCAAACUAUUAUGCCAGAUCUUGAUAGAAUUAAUAUCUGCUUUGAUGGAAAACUUUACUAUGAUAGUGAACUUGAUGAAGGUCCUUAUGAACCUGAUACCAUAUUGGGAUGUUUGGAAAAUUGGCGUGAAAAAUCCAAACUUGGUGAAUUCUUUGAAACAAGUAUGGGGAAACCUAUAGAUUUUCUGAAAACUUUUCAAUUGAAAUAUUUCCAUAAUAAAAAAUUCAAGUUUGAAAAAUUACAAUUAUCAAAUCUUGAGAAGUUGGUUAUUGAUUCUUCAACAAUUCAUUCAAUACAGAACUUGAAUUUACCAAAUCUUAAAACCUUGAAGGUUGAAAAAUCUGCAAUUUAUCAAAUAUCAAAUUUGAAAUUAAAUUCUUUGCAAGAGCUUUCAAUAGAUCUUAAAACACCACAUUAUUCUUUAGAAAAAGAACAAAAGAAACAAGUACACUUCACAAUUCAAAAUAUAAAGUCACAAAGUUUGAGAAAUUUUAAUCUUGUUAGUUCUUUUAAAAUUAAGAAAAUCUCAAAACUUGAUUUCCCAUCAUUACAAACUUUGGCAAUUAAAUCAACUAAUGAUUCUAAUCAGUCUUUUGAAACUAUUACAAACUCAUCAUUUCCCCAAUUGGAGAAUGUAAUUAUUGAAAAUAUUCCACUUGAUAAUUUAUACCCAUUAUUCCAAAACACUUUGAAUUUGAAGAGUAUGAAUAUAACAUCAUGUCCAGUUUUUAACCUUAUAGAAAUUGGAUCUCAAAAUUCAUUAAAAUCAUUAAUUUUAAAACAUGUGAAAUCUAUACAAGGUUUCACUGGUAUUUCAUUACCUACAUUACAAACCAUGGAAUUACAAACAACAGGUGAAACUCCUCUCACUAUGGAAAAUUGUUCAUUUGAAAACUUAAAAUCAUUAAGGAUUGAUACACACUUUAUUUUCGUUGCAACUUAUGAUUCAACUUUAUCAUUUUUAAAUAAUGAUAUCCCACAGCUUCAAAAAUUAUUCAUAUCAGGUUAUGAAAUAACAAAUCAUUUCACAACAACACCAUACCCAGCUUUAGAAAGCUUAACAAUUGAUAGAAUUGAAUCCAUAGAGAUUUCUCCAAGUGAAACAUUGAAUACUCUAGAUCUUUCAGAAAAUUUUACCACACUAAAUUUAACCAAGAGUGAUGAAUUACCUAAUUUAAAAGAAUAUAAAGAAGCUAGUAUAAUGGACAAGUUAAGAAAACAUUUCAAAAAAGCAAAAGUUGAUUUUAAUCAAGAUGCACAAUAUGAUUUACUUAAAUAUAUGAUUACAAAGGAGUCGGACCUGGUGAUGAUAUGGCAUGAAGUACCUGAAUUAAGACAUAUAAUUACCCCUGAUACACUUCAAAUUGUUACAAAUCAUAUUCCUUAUGAAGAUGAUGACAUAUAUACUCCGUUACCAGAAUAUUUACAAAAGGCUGCGGACAAACUUCAUAAAUACAGAAAUAGAAAGUAUAAGUUACCUGAAGAUUUCUAUAUUCCUUAUAAAUGUGAGCUAUAUGAGACAGUUGAUUCUGAUGAUGAUUUUGAUGAAUUUAGGCAAAGGUUAACAGAUGCUUUAAAUCCAAUUUUUUUGAAAUAUUUUGAAGGAUCAUUAUUAGUUGAAAUUUAUCAUAAUGGUUGGGAUUCAGAAUUGAAAUAUAUUGAUAAAUGCAUAUUGAAACAUGACCCGGUUGAAGUGUUUAUUGAUACACCAAUGUUAACGAAAAAGUUUCAUGAACACAUGUUGAAACAAGGUGGUGAUAGAUUGAAACGUGUUACUUUCAAUGAUUUAGAUCCUCCUUUGAAUUCGCUUCCUCCUCCAAAUACACCACCAAAUCUAUUUCGCACAACGGGUAUUAAAGAUAUUUAUUUGAGUGAGUUCAAUGGGUAUACUUUCUCUGAGAUGUAUGACUUCGCUCCAGAUUUAAAAUCACUACACAUAAAAUUUAAAGAUAAGCAUGUUCAUGGUGAUGAAUGUGAAUGGGGUUAUAGACGCGAGAAUUGUUACGUUAGAACUAAAUUUGGUUUGAUAGAAAAUGAACUGCCGCAUGAAAACUCGGUUUUGACUAGAUUUUUCUCCACAGAAGUUGGUAUUAAUCCAUCUGGGUGUAUGCAAAAUUUAAAAUUUCUUAAAUUGAAACAUUUCCAUAAUAAGAAUUAUAAAUUUGGGAACUUUGAUUUACCAAAUCUUGAACAAUUGAAAAUUGAAUCAUGUACACUAAAUUCAAUACAGAAUAUGGACUUACCAAAGCUAGUGGGUUUUAAGAUUGAAAGGGUAGCAUUGUUCGAAAUUUCAAAUCUCAAAUUGAAUUCAUUGCAGAGCUUUUUUCCCCGUGUUUCAUCACCACAUUUAUCUAUGGAAGAACGUCAAAAGAGUACUUUUAAGUUAACUUUACAAAACAUAGAAUCACACAAAUUGAGAGAACUAGUUAUAAGAUGUUCAUUCAAGAUUGAAAAACUAUCAAACUUAACAUUUCCAUUAUUGAAAAGUUUUACUUUAGCACCACCAUUAGAAGAAAAAUCACCUUUUGCUUAUGAUAAUCAUGAAGAAAAAUCACCUUUUGUUUAUCAUCAUCGUGAAGAGUUUGGUGAAGCUCUCAAAGGCUGUGAAUAUCUUUAUGAGAUGACUUUAGUAAACUGCAUGGAGAUUUUGAGACCACAAACUAAUUUUCCUAAUGUUACUAAUUUAUCAAUUACAAACCAGCAAGAACCAGAUAUCUCAUCCGAAGAGAGAGCCAUUAAUGCAACAUUUCCCAAAUUACACGAAUUACGCUUGGUGAAAGUGUCACUUCAUAGAAAUUUUAAAAAUUUGUUGGAAGAGUCACCCAAAUUGGAAGAACUUGAAUUGACUACAUGUUCUGGAAUUGAUGUUAAAACUUUGAACACACACCCAGGAUUGAAAAACUUACGCAUAAAAGAUCCUAUCCACUUGUAUCCGUGGCAAAAUAUAUCACUUCCUAAUCUUGAAGUGUUAAAUAUAGUUGCUUAUAGUGGGGAUGACUUAGUUAUUGAAAAUUGUUCAUUUGAAAGUCUCACACAUGUGGAAGUUAAAUCCAAUGAUGAUAUGGCGUAUGAUGGAAAAUUAACUUUUGUUGGGAAUAACAUUCCUAUACUUGACACUGUAACUUUACAUGGAUAUAAGAUUGAACAUCAAAUAUCUACUGAACCGUAUCCAAAAUUGAAAAAGAUUGCUGCGAAUAGGAUUAUGCAUUCGUUGAAAGUUGUGUCAAGUGAACUCUUGAGGACAAUAGACUUAACAAGAAAUUUUGAAGAUAUUAAUGUGGAAUUAAGUGACAAUUUACCAGGUUUAAAGUUCUUUAAAAAACCAACAUUGACACAAGCUCAAGCACAAAAACGAAGAAAGGGUGGUUAUAGAAGGAGACAAAAGACAGUUUGA